AUGUCAGACUUCAAGGAGGGCGACUGGAUGUGCAGCCAAUGCGGCGAUCAUCAGUUUGCACGCAAUACUACAUGUCGCAAGUGUGGUAACCCACGUGAUGGAGGUGCGAGAGGCGGUGGUGGCAGAAUGCAAGCGGUUCAGCCGACAGCCCAUCGUGGUGACUUCAAAGAGGGUGAUUGGAUAUGCUCUGAGUGCGGUGACCACCAGUUUGCCCGCAACGAAACAUGCCGGAAAUGUGGCGCGCCGCGACCAGCCACAUCCGCUGGGCUGGGCGGCUUGGGCAGCCUGGGUGGCAUGGCUGGCUUGGGUGGCUUUCCUGCCAUCGGACAAAGCCAGGGAUUCAGGGCCUCCGCGCUGGCAGGCGUUCCCGGCGCCGCAAGCGUCCCUCCGCAAUACAUAGAACAAGCAGCGGCCCUGCUGGGUGUGCUUCCACCUCGCGGCUCUGUUGCCUCCGCGCUUCCCGUUGCUCAGACGGCGAGUCUGAGUGGAGGGUUCAAGCCGGGGGACUGGAACUGUCCUAGCUGUGGUGAUCAUCAGUUCGGGCGGAAUCAAACUUGCCGGAAAUGCGGGACUCCCAAGCCUGCAGAUGUGAGUGCAUCGCGGCACAUAGCGGACAGGCAUUACGACAGAGCUGAGCGGCCUGCUGCGGGUGCACCUAACGUCUAUGGCAUCGCGGGGUCGCUGUUGGCCGACAUUCAAGCCCGUGCCGCUGGCGGAGCGCAACGAACCUCGUCAGUUUUGUCCAGCAAUAACCAGGCGAUGAAGCCUGGUGACUGGAUUUGCUCCAGCUGUGGAGACUUGCAAUUUGCCCGGAACGAGGCUUGUAGGAAGUGUGGCGCUGCAAAGCCAAGAGAAGCCGCACGUUCCCGAAGCCCUGUUCGUCGUUAUUAG